AUGGCGUCGCAGUCGCAGCCCGUCGCACGGAGUCGCACAGCGUCUCGAGGCGUCGCAGGGCGGCGCGCCCCAGAGGUGUACGACGUGGUGGUGGUGGGCGCAGGCCUGGCGGGGCUGCAGGCGGCGCAGCAGCUGAUGGCGCGGGACAGGCAGUGGGCGGAGUGGGCGCGCGGAGGCGCAGCGGGCGCGGGAGGCGCGGAGGGCGCGGGGAAUGGGCGCAGCGGGGCGCGGAAUGGGGAGCUGCGCGUGGUGGUGCUGGAGGCGCACGGCAUGGUCGGGGGGAGAGUGCGCGGACUGGAGGGACUAGUUCCUUGGACUGUGGAGAUGGGUCCGGAGUUCAUUCACGGGGAUCGCAACUGCUCCAUCAAGGCAGCAGUGGAUCAGCUUGGCUGUCAGCAGACCACCCUCGCCUUCCAUAUCCGCGCGCCCUCUCUCUUACUGCCCUCUCAGUGCCCUCUCAGUGCCUGCCCUCUUACUGCCCUCUCAGUGCCCUCUCAGUGCCGUCUCAGUGCCCUCUUAGUGCCCUCUCAGUACCCUCUCAGUGCCCUCUUAGUGCCCUCUCAGUGCCCUCUUAGUGCCCUCUCAGUGCCCUCUUACUGCCCUCUCAGUGCCCUCUCAGUGCCGUCUCAGUGCCCUCUUAGUGCCCUCUCAGCCUUCUCUGACCCUUGCCAUCAUCACCACCAUGCAAUGCAUGCGCCCUAUUGCAUCUCAUCACACACAACGCUUGCAAGCACCGGUGGCACGGCUCUCCUUAACUGCCUCUCACCCUUGCCUCUCACCCUUGCCUCUCACCCUUGCCUCUCACCCUUGCCUCUCACCCUUGCCUCUCACCCUUGCCUCUCACCCUUGCCUCUCACCCUUGCCUCUCACCCUUGCCUCUCACCCUUGCCUCUCACCCUUGCCUCUCACCCUUGCCUCUCACCCUUGCCUCUCACCCUUGCCUCUCACCCUUGCCUCUCACCCUUGCCUCUCACCCUUGCCUCUCACCCUUGCGUCUCACCCUUGCCUCUCACCCUUGCCUCUCACCCUUGCCUCUCACCCUUGCCUCUCACCCUUGCCUCUCACCCUUGCCUCUCACCCUUGCCUCUCACCCUUGCCUCUCACCCUUGCCUCUCACCCUUGCCUCUUACCUUUGCCUCUCACCCUUGCCUCUCACCCUUGCCUCUCACCCUUGCCUCUCACCCUUGCCUCUCACCCUUGCCUCUCACCCGUGCCUCUCACCCCCUACUUUUCCGUUAUCUUCAUCCCUCCUCCUUCCCUCCCCCUUCUUGUGUCUCGUUCCUUCCAUGUGCCCGUUCUUUCCACUUCCUCACCACCUCCUCUUCUCGCCCUUCCUCCUCUUCCAUCCGUCACUCCCCUCCUCCUCCUUCUCUCCUCUUCCCUUUCGUGUCCCACAUCAUUGCUACCAUCUCUCCCCUUCCCCCCAUCCACCCGACCACUACCGUUGUUCUCUCUUCUUCUCCCCCAUUCCACCAACCACCGGACCACUACUAUUUCGGCAAGGAGCAGCGCCUGGUGCCACCCGAGGAGGCGGAGAGCGACCCCGAUGUUGCGGCCGUGCACGCCUUCUUUGAACACCUCGCCUCGCACGGGCAGGGCGGGCAGGAAAGAGGCGGGGAGGGGGAGAGGGGCGGGGAGGGGGAGGAAAAGGAGGGCGACUGCUCGGUGGUGGAGAUGAUGCGGCGCAAGGGCGCCUCGCCACGCCAGCUGGCUCUCGCGGAAUCCAUAUACGCGAAUGACUUUGGGUGCUCGCUGCACCAUCUGGGCAUGGGGGAGAGUGUGAGGGAGGCGAGGUCGUGGGUGUAUGGCUUCAAAUACAUUGUGUGCGACCGGCCCUUCUCAGCCGUCGUGCAACACUUGGCCAUGGGCCUUGAGGUGAAAUGCGAUUGGCCUGUGGCCUCCAUAACUUAUGGCGCCAACAGCAGUGCGUCCGCGAAUCCUGCUGCACCCAUCUCCACCGCUCGCAGUGCUACACUGGCAGCCCCAACUGCCCUCAUCACAGUGACCAGCAAGCACGGGGAGCAGCUUCAGGCAAAACGCGUCGUCAUCACUGUGCCUCUGGUCCUCCACUCCACACCUUUGUUUGCCCUUUGCUUUGGUGAACGCAACGCAACGCAACGCAACGCAUCACACUCUUCCUUCCUAGCAGUGGCUGCUGCUUCGCUCUUCCUUUCAUUCCAAUCUACUGCUGCUCCUCCUGCUCCUAUCCCCACUCCCCUGCUCCCCUCCCCUACUUCCCUUCUCCUCCACCUCCCCACUCCUUACUCCCUUCUCCCCCACUCCCCUUCUCUCGCACUCCCUUUCAAUCCCACUCCCCUUCUCCCCCACUCACUUUCACCCCCGUUCCCUUUCUCCCAUACUCCCUUACUCCCGCACUCCCUUUCACCACACUCCACCGCUCUGCACCACCAGCCUGUGCUGCAGGCAGGGGCCAAGCCCAAGCAGCGGGCGAUCGGAGCCGUGCGCAUGGGGUGUGCUGUGAAGCAGCGGGCCAUGGGAGCCGUGCGCAUGGGGUAUGCCGUGAAGGCGAGAGCCAAGCAGGGGGGCAUAGGAGAAGUGCGCAUAGGAGAAGUGCGCAUGGGGUUUGCCAUGAAGGUCCUAAUGGCCUUCUCCCACCAAGUGUGGCCCGCCCACCUCUUUGACAUAGUGCUCAUGGCCUUCUCUAGCCGUGUGUGGCCCACGCACCUCUUUGACAUAGUGCUCAUGGCCUUCUCUAGCCGUGUGUGGCCCGCGCACCUCUUUGACAUAGUGCUCAUGGCCUUCUCUAGCCGUGUGUGGCCCGCGCACCUCUUUGACAUAGUGCUCAUGGCCUUCUCUAGCCGUGUGUGGCCCGCGCACCUCUUUGACAUAGUGCUCAUGGCCUUCUCUAGCCGUGUGUGGCCCGCCCACCUCUUUGACAUAGUGCUCAUGGCCUUCUCUAGCCGUGUGUGGCCCGCGCACCUCUUUGACAUAGUGCUCAUGGCCUUCUCUAGCCGUGUGUGGCCCGCCCACCUCUUUGACAUAGUGCUCAUGGCCUUCUCUAGCCGUGUGUGGCCCGCGCACCUCUUUGACAUAGUGCUCAUGGCCUUCUCUAGCCGUGUGUGGCCCGCGCACCUCUUUGACAUAGUGCUCAUGGCCUUCUCUAGCCGUGUGUGGCCCGCGCACCUCUUUGACAUAGUCUGCACCGACUCCUUUCUGCCCGAAGUCUGGUUCACCCGCCGCUCGCCCUCCUCUUCCCCCACUUCCUCCUCUUCCUCCUCCUCCUCCACCACUCCUGCAGCGCCUAUCACUGCUGUUGUCCCCCCUCCCUCGGUCCCCAUGGGUCAGUUCCUCGCAGUCGGCUUUGCAGCAGGUGAUGCAGCAGAAGACAUGGCGAGGCUGCCGCCCCAAGUGGUGCUUUCCCGGGCUCUGGAGCAGCUAGACACCAUGUUUCGUCGCCCGUGCUCCACCUGCAAACCAGGGCCUGACGGCUGUUUCGCUGACUGGUCUAAAGACGUCUAUAUCCGUGGCGCCUACACCCAUCCAACGAUCGGAGCAGGGGAUGCAAGGGACCAGCUGGCGGCGCCUUUGGCUGGAAAGCUGUUCUUUGCUGGGGAGGCCACGCACUUUGGUGUGAACCCAUGCAUGCAGGGAGCACUGGACACGGGUACAAGAGUGGCUAAUGAAGUGUUCUGGUCACUGCAGGAGAGCAAGUUGUAG